AUGCACUUAAUCCCUAUAAUAUGCAUAGAAUUUACAAAAAAAGUACAUGAAAAUGGUAAAAAUACUAUAACAUUGGAUAUACAAAAUAUUCUUGAAAAUAUUAUCAGUACUUAUAUUAAAUCAUCAUGCAAUAGUGAAAAUAUUGAAAAUUUAUACUUUAUGAUGGAUUAUAUCCUAUCAAUUUUUGUCUAUAGCAUUUCUUCCAAAGUAUUUGAAAAUAAUCAAAUAAAUAAUCUUUCGAAUUACUUUGCAUACAUAUUAUGGAAACAAUUAUAUCGCAUAGAGGGGCAGAGUUACUUCAAAAAUUAUUCAAUAAUAGAUAUUGUUAAUCAUUGUAUUGCACUAUUGGAAAAUAUUCGAAAUUACUAUGAUACCAGAAUAAACAAUGAUAUUAUAAAUUCAAAUGAUACAACUGAAAAGAUUUGUUCAGGUAUUCAAUAUCACUUAGCCUAUUUCUUUAUAAAUAGAAAUAAUCCGCUUCAAUACAGAAUGAUUGAAGAUCAUGCACAGAGUAUAACAAAACACUGGUACUAUCUUCUUUAUAAUAAUAAAUUCAAUAUACCAAAUAAUUUGUUUGUCAAAAAAAGUUUUAAAAAUAGUGAAAACUCAACUGAAUAUCAAAUUGUUGCUAGAUUCAAUGAGAAUACUGAGAAUUUUACAAAUCAGGUGUUACAACCUAAUUCUAUUGAUAAAAUGUGGAAAAAAACGACUUUUAGUUUAAGGUCAAAUUUAAAUAAAUAUACUAAUUCUGACAUUAAACAACAUAAAAGAAAGAUAAAAGUUCCAUUUAAAGUUAAAAAAUUAAAAAGGUCCAAACUAGACGCAAACAAAGAAAAUAACUUCUACAAUGAUAGCUAUAGUGAGGAAUCUUUAGAAUCAGAUAAUGAAGAUGGUGACUGGAGAGGAUCAAAGAAUACUAGUAAAUCUUCUAACUUAGUGGUUAAUGAAAAUCAAAAGUUAAGACGUUCAAGUCGUAUAUUUAAUAUUCAACAAGCAGGUUCCAAUAUUCCUAUUGAAUAG